AUGUCUGCGACUCUGCCCAGGCGCAACGGCCCGUUCAGAGACUGCUCUGAGCGGGAGAUGGCUUCGCAACGAGACACUCUGGACGACGUUGAUUCGAGAAAAUGA